GUUUGUCUAGUAAAUAUAACUGCAACCUCCGAGAGUCCAACUAAUAAAAUUACUUAAUUAAUUAUGUUCCCCAGCCGUACUCCAGAUCCUCGAAGCUUUAACAGCAACUAAAAAGUAUCACAUUCUUUCCAAUAUAAAGGUGCUUCUUCCUAGUUGGACCUCCCAAAGCUAGAGUGGGAAUCUAAUGGAACAUGGGUGCCACCACAAACUACCAAAACCCACUCCAUAUAUGAGCGUCACUUGACCACCCAAUCAAUAACCCACCAAACCAGCAAAGAAGCAAUCUUCCUCUAAACCUUGAAGCCAUGCUUCCAUUCCUCACCUCCCUUCUCCUCCUCCUCCUCCUCCUCCUCAGCCACCAAGCCAUCGCCGGCGGCGACGGAGGCCCCAGCCUGGCGAGACAGUUCCUGGGCCCGCACAACACGGCCCGGUCGGCGCUCCGGCUCAGGCCGCUGAUCUGGGACCCCCGGCUGGCCCGUUACGCGGAGCGGUACGCGAACCGGCGCCGCGGGGACUGCGCCCUGGUCCACUCGGCCGGUCCAUACGGGGAGAACAUCUUCUGGGGAAGCGGUUCGGGCUGGACGCCGGCCCAGGCGGUGGCGGCCUGGGUCUCGGAGCGGCAGUGGUACCGCUACGGCUCCAACUCGUGCGCCGGCGGCUGGGAGAAGUGCGGCCACUACACCCAGAUCGUGUGGCGCACCACCCGGCGGCUCGGGUGCGCCCGGGUCAACUGCGCCGGCGGCCGAGGGGUCUUCAUUGUUUGUGACUACCACCCCCCGGGUAACUUCGUAGGCGAGAGACCCUAUUGAUCAUUGAUUGAUUGAUUAAUUAUUGUGUUAUAAUUUUCAUAUACAUAAACGCGUAAUGUAAAAUAAAUUAUAUGGUUUGAUUUUUUUUAAAGCUUUAA